AUGACUCAAGUUGUUCCUAUCGUUUUGGUAACCGGCAUCAACGGGUUUUUGGGGUCUCAUACAGUAGAAGCCUUACUAGCCCAUGGGUAUCGAGUCCGUGGAACCCAUCAGUCUUCCCAUGACCCUCAUUGUCUGUUCCGGAACCGUCCUUCUUGGAAAGGUAAGGUGGAAAUGUUUCACAUUCCGGACCAUCGUGUUCCAAAUGCAUACGACGAAGUUAUCCAAGGUGUCGAUUAUGUUAUUCAUGUAGCCACUGAAGUCCAUUCGAAUGGGGAGACUUCUGGUAUCGAUCCUCAUCAUACUCUCGCAGUCAGUAUCAAGGGCACAGAAAACGCUUUAAAUGCUGCAUUCAAAGAACCAAAGGUCAAACGCUUUGUCUACGUUUCCUCCGACGCCGCCUUGAAAGGACCAAAAAAUUUUAAUGGAGAUGGCCAUGUGUUUACCGAAAAAGACUGGAACCCAUUAAGCUUGCAGGACGCACAAGCUUCCAAUGACGAAGGUUUAAACUAUACUGUAUGUAAAAAGCUUGGGGAGCAGACUGUUCAGAAGUUUCAUGCUACCCACAAACCCCAUUUUCAAGUCAUUGCCUUGAAUCCUCCUCUCAUCCUUGGACCAGUUUUUCAUCUGGAGUCCGUAAAGCAAUUAAGUUUCUCAGCAUGGUUUUUUUGGCAGCUCAUGAAUGGACGUUAUGAAAUUGCUCCCAAGACAGAAAUUUUUAAUUAUGUGGAUGUACGAGACUUGGCGGAAGCAGAAGUGCUUUCGCUCACGGCUGAUACCAAGGAACCUAGAGUCAUCGUUUGUGCUGGCGAUCUCAGCAAUGACAAAAUCGUGAAUACUCUUAUCCCCCAAUUUCCUCAAUUCCAAGAAAAGAUUGCGAAGCCGAAUGGUCAGCCUUCCACAUGCAAUUAUAAAAUUGAUGCUUCAUUGUCCAAAUCUGCCCUUGGCGUCCAGUAUCGUCCUCAUGAAGAAACGUUUUACGAUGCCGCUGAAUCUUUAUACCGUCUUGCUGGAUUUUUUUAA